AAAAAACAGAAACAGAAAGGUUACAGACAUAAACACAACUCAACACUCUUCUCUUUGCUGUCUUUAACCUCUCUCUCUCUCUCUACACUUUCUUCAAUUUUUUUCCAUUUUUUCUCUUCCCCUGUUUCUCUGCAUUUCAACCUUAUAAAAAAACCUCACUCUUUUUUGAAUUUUCCGGCGAAAUCACAGUUCACUACUUCGCCGGAGAAUAAAAAAAUCUCACUCUUUUCUAACUUUUCCGUCAAAAUCAAUGCAACCCAGUUUCUAAAAUCUCAUUAUUAGAUCCUCCUUCGCCGCAAAAUCACCUUUUUUUCUCUCAUUUCCCGGCGAAAUAACCGCGACCCAGUAUCUCCGGCGACCCAUUUUCCGGCAAUGUCGAUCUUCGAUGGAACAUUCCUCAACACACAACUCUCCAAACACACAUCGAUCUUCGGUCUCCGUGUAUGGGUCGUCAUCGGAAUCUUAAUAGGCGUCGCAAUCGUCUUCAUCCUCUUCUUAAUAUCUCUAUGUGUAGUUUCACGUCGCCGCCACCGCCGCACCGGAGACUACAAAAUCACCGGAGCUACACCAGCUAAAGAAAUACAAGAGAUCGUGCAUGUUCCAGGUCCACACAUGCUCCGGCGACCUACUCCGGUACCAGAGAUCCACGUGGACAUUGGAAGACAAGAACAUCGCGUGGUUGUUAAAUCUGAUAAGGUUUCAAGUGGUGAGAGUAGAGGAACAGUGGGAAGUGGGUGUGAAACCACGUCGUCUUUUGGAAGUGGUAGUGUUGGUGGGAUUGGACCUGAAGUGUCACAUCUUGGAUGGGGUAGAUGGUAUACUUUGCGAGAGCUUGAAGAUGCUACUGGUGGAUUGUGUCCUGAAAAUGUUCUUGGUGAAGGUGGUUAUGGAAUUGUUUACCAUGGUGUUCUUACGGAUGGUACUAAAGUUGCUGUCAAAAAUCUCUUGAAUAACAAGGGCCAAGCUGAGAAAGAAUUCAAAGUAGAGGUAGAAGCAAUUGGUCGAGUACGACACAAAAAUCUUGUUAGGCUGCUUGGAUAUUGUGUUGAAGGGGCCUACAGGAUGCUUGUGUAUGAAUAUGUGGACAAUGGCAAUCUAGAACAGUGGUUGCAUGGGGAUGUUGGACCUGUAAGCCCUUUGACGUGGGAAAUACGCAUGAACGUUAUAUUGGGAACAGCAAGAGGAUUGGCCUAUCUACAUGAGGGUCUUGAACCAAAGGUUGUUCACCGAGAUGUGAAAUCAAGUAACAUCCUCCUUGAUCGCCAAUGGAACUCCAAGGUGUCUGAUUUCGGGCUUGCCAAGCUUUUAAAUUCCGAGAAUAGUUAUGUCACGACUCGAGUUAUGGGGACAUUUGGUUAUGUUGCACCAGAAUAUGCCUGCACCGGAAUGCUGACCGAGAAGAGUGAUGUUUAUAGCUUUGGGAUACUUAUCAUGGAGUUAAUCACUGGGAGAAGUCCGGUUGAUUAUGGUAGACCACAAGGAGAGGUUAAUUUAAUAGAGUGGUUGAAGACUAUGGUUGGUAACCGCAAAGCUGAGGAUGUAGUUGAUCCUAAGCUACCUGAGUUGCCAUCUUCAAAGGCUCUUAAACGCGCUCUAUUAAUCGCUCUUCGGUGUGUUGAUCCUGAUGCAACAAAGAGGCCUAAAAUGGGACAUGUGAUUCACAUGCUCGAGGCAGACGACCUCUUAUUCCAUAAUGAUCACAAAACUGGGGGAGAGUCUUCGCGAUCUCUUAACGAUUUUCAACCAGAGCAUGAGGACUCAAAUUUGGAUAAGAGAACAGAUGAAGGAAUCAGUGGUCAAAGUGAACAUGGUAGUGGUAGAAAUGAUAAUCAUCAGUCUAGGAGAUGAAAAUAGUGUGAUAAAUUAAAUAGAAUUAUGUGCUUUUUUCUUUUUGAAAAAAAAAAUUAUGUUUAGUAGUUUGCCGUUAUUUAUUUAUUUUUAUAUCAAUUUAAAAUAUGAAAGCAGCAUCUGUUUAUUUGUUUUUCUCAUUACACAAAUUUUACCCCUCUUGUAACCUACCCUAAUUUGGGAUUCAUAUUCAUGUGUAUACUGUGAUUUGUUAUUGUAUAAUAAAAAAUGUUUAUGAAAAUAA